UCUACGACUAAAACUGAACAGAUCUUCGACCACCAUGCCACUGUUCUCGAAGAAGCCAGGCCCACCCCUUUCUGGCGGCCUUAAACCAGGUCAUGGCAAUUUCCGUAUCUGCUUUGUUGUCACCGAUCAGGUUAUAAAAAAAAUCCGCGUACAGCAAAAACUACUCAAAACCAACGCCCCCGUCGUCGAGCUCCGCGGGAGACAACGAGCCAUAGGAAACAGCCUCAGAUACCGCAUCAUCGGAGAGACACACUUCUGCCCCAUCCGCCGCCGCCACCCCGGUGAGCCAUGGCUCGACGGAAUCCUCGAGUGCUGGAGAGCCUUUAAAAAGCUCCACGACGAGGAGUUUUCCGUCAACAAAUACGACCACUGCGACGAAGCCAUCGAGCGCAAAUACUUAAACAUGCAUGCCCCGAUCUACGAGCGCCUGCUUCCCUUCUUAGAGCGCUUGUUCAAAGAAAUCGGCAUCUGGAAGUUCGGAGGUGAAGCGGAGUGGGCAGCCCAGAAUCGGCAAAUUGAACCCAUUGGAAAACAUGCGGAAAAGAAAGUUAAAUUUGACAAGCGUGUAGAUGGUUGGUAUUAUAAUGAUGCGGAUAUGCCGUGUACGACGGGUAAAGGGGAUGACGAGGAGUCGUGGAAGACAGCGGCGUUUAAGGAGAAGUUGGCGGGGGAUAGAUGUUCGGAGGAUGUUCUCAGGAAGAGGAUCCAGGAGAGGACGAGGAAGGGGUUGUGGAGUGGUAUGGUGGAGAAUUGGAAGGAGGGGGAUGACGAGGACGAAGAAGAAGAAGAAGAAGAAGAAGAAGAAGAAGAAGAGGAGGAGGAGGAGGAGGAAAUGGAAAAGAUGAAGGUUGCAGUGCAGGAGUGGAAUUUGCUUGAUUAGAUUCACCUGUGGGAUGCCAUGGUUUCUGAAGGUGGGAAUUCUUGGGUAUUCAU